AUGGCUUCCUGGAAUGUGCUUCUUUUCACGAGUCUGACGUCCUUCUGGAUUUGUGCAGGGGCAGGCACAGAGUACAACAUCGUGAACCUUGACAACUCCACAUUUCCACUGGCUGUAGGGCAUUCUUUGCCAGUGUUCCUUCGCUUCGACAAGGAGUAUCCUUACGGAGACAAGGCAGAUGCCUUCAAGGCAAUGGCCAUAGCGUUGGCGAAGGCAGAUAGCCAGAUCCUGAUCGGGAACAUUGGCAUCUCUACAUAUGGAGACAUGCCCAACCAAGACAUGGCAAGGAGGUUUGAAUUUAUUCCUGAAGACAAGGAAAGUUUGACACUUGAUGAUAUGGACACUUGA